AUGGCCAAUAUUUUCAAAUUUUUUAAUAGGGUGCCUCCAAAUUUUAGAUCACUUUCAACAACUAGUACCAAAAAUGAUGCCUGGUUAUCUAAGAUUUUUGUUAGAAAAAUUGAACCUACAAAGGAAUCGCACAGUAGGAUGUUAAGUGAUAAGGAAAUUAUCUACUCUUUGCAGACACACAAUUAUAGACCUGAUUCUAAAGUAGCAUAUUUACAAAAUGUAAAAAAUACAGUGGACUACCUAAAAACACAAGAUUCUUUAUCAAAAGAAGUUGAACUAGUAGGUUCAUGGACAGUAAAUGUAGGUGAUCAAGAUCAAGCUCUACAUCUGUGGAAGUUUACAGGAGGUUAUGAUAUGAUUGAUCAUUAUAAUGAUGUUACUGGAAAAAGCCAGGAAUUCCAACGUCUAAAUGAAGAACAAGGAAAACUGGUUAGAUCCCGCCACUUGCAAUAUCUUCUAGCAUUUAGUUAUUGGCCUCAAAUUCUAUUGCGACAACCCAAAAAUAUUUAUGAAAUUCGCAGCUACGCUCUAAAACCUGGAACUAUGAUUGAAUGGGGUAAUAACUGGGCUAGGGCAAUUAACUACAGGCAAAAUAAUGAUGAAGCUUUUGCUGGGUUCUUUUCGCAAAUUGGUAGACUAUAUAAUGUUCACCAUAUUUGGUGUAAGUUAUUGAGUGUGCAAUUAGUUUUUAAGAUGAUAAUAUCUGUGAUUUUAGGUUAUACUAGUUUGAAUGGAAGAAAAGAAACUAGGGAAAGUGCCUGGAGGUCCCCAGGUUGGGAUGAAUGUGUCGCUUAUACAGUACCGUUGAUAAGAGAAAUGCAUUGUAGGGUUAUGAUACCAACUGAAUUCUCCCCUACUCUUUAA